AUGGCCCACAACGAUGACAAGUCUCUGCUCGAGCAAAUCGAUGAUAUUGCUCCUAUCAAGCAGUUUGAUGCCUUUCCAAAACUACCCGCCUCGUACAAGUCACGUACAAAGUUUGGCGGCUUUAUGACUGUUUUUGUCAUUGCACUCUCUUUUCUUCUCAUCCUCAACGAUAUAGGCGAAUUCAUCUGGGGAUGGAGUGACUAUGAAUUCUCUGUUGACCGAGACCAGCAUCGACUGCUGGAAAUAAACGUGGACAUCAUCGUCAACACUCCCUGCUCUU